CCACGCCCAUCCCGUCACGAGCUAAAACAUACGGAAGUAGCUCAGAACUUGUCAACAAGAAGGCCGACUGACAUGAUGAAGUUUUCCUGAACACACCUCCCCAAAAUGGUUCUUCUAUGAUGUUUUUUUUGUUUUACUUUUAAGUCCUUAGCUUUUAUAUCAUUUUAGAGGAGAAGCAUUACCACCAUGACCGUCGCUUACAGCUUCUGUGCGCUCUUAGUUUUCACCCUAACAGCAUGCAGCCGUUUUGGGCCUACCUUCUGCUCCGCCAAAUGUGGGCGAUCCCUCAAAGUCUUGGACAGUAAAGAGGGAGAUAUCAGCAGUUCUGCUUACCACAGCUGGUCGUACCGCUUUGGCUCUAUAUAUGACUGCUGGAUCAUCAAGGGUUCGGAAGAAAAGCCCAUUGUUCUCAGCUUUUCCCAGUUUGCAACACGGUGUAGAAAGGAAUGGGUGUCGAUAAAGUCAUCAGCUGGCGGUGAGCCAAUUGUACUCUGCGGCUCCAAGGUGCCACAGCCAGUGGAGUUCCCGGGGGGAAACAUUACAGUGAUGCACCACUUCCUUCCGCACCUGUUCCCUGUGUCGUCUUUUCUGUUGAGCUACGCCAGAGACUCUGAUGAAUGCCCAGUCUCUUCUUUUGAGUGCCUGGGGGGCCGCUGCAUCCCUUUCUCUUGGCGCUGUAAUGGCCAGGUGGAGUGUCUAGGUGAAGGUGCGGGCCAAGGCUCCGAUGAACAGGGCUGCGAGUCAGAAGCGGAAACCCUUGAACCGACGAAGCCCGGCACCACACAGGCAGAAAAGGCCGAGGCGAACACAGAGAAAAAUCAGGAUCGGUACACCGACGGGCAUUUCGUCGUAGAUAAAGAGUCUGACCUGUGGGAGCGGCUGAAGGAGCGGGAGGAGGAGGAGGAGAAAUCCAAAAUGGAUCGAGAGGAGGUUCAGAACUACAAGCAGCCCACUGUGACGCCGACUCCCAUCGAAUGGCCCUGUGGAGGGGUCCUCCAGACCUUCUAUGGGACCUUUUCCCCUCCUACCCCCCAGGGCCCACCGCUGCUCUGCAUCUGGACUCUGGACCCUCAGGACUCGAGGCCCCUGAGAUUGGACCUGCAGCAGCUGGUGCUCGGACCCGGGGACAAACUCUCCGUUUCCAACAGGGAGCAUGGCAAAGGAGACAUUAUUAAAACUAUCACCAGCGCCUCUAAUUACAAAUCGGUCCAAGUUGAAUCCCACACCGGCCUGCUGUCGCUGACGUACGAGACUAUUCUCAACUCGGAGGGGAGCGGCUUCAACGCCACGUUCCAUGUCGGGACGUACUGCCCCCCCUGGGAGGGUCGGUGUGGAGGAGCGGCAGGAGGAUGCUUCACCCAGGAGCAGCGCUGCGACGGGAAGUGGGACUGUGCCGAGACGGGGAAGGACGAGGAGGGUUGCAGAGGCUGCAGCCCGAACCAGUUUGCCUGCGGAUUGGCCGGGCAGAGAUCAGUGGCGUCCAGUCGCCUCAACGGGAUACCGGUGUGCUACCCAGUGACGGAGAGAUGCAACUACCAGCUGUACUGCGCUGACGGCAGCGACGAGAGGGACUGCACCGUGUGCCAGCCCGGGACCUUUCAUUGUGACAGCGACAGGUGUGUGUUUGAGAGCUGGCGCUGUGACGGACAGUUGGACUGUAAGGACAAGACGGACGAGCUCAACUGCACCGUCAUCCUGCCCCGCAAGGUCAUCACCGCGGCAACGGUGGGCAGCCUGGUCUGUGGGCUGCUGCUGGUCAUUGCCAUGGGCUGCACCUGUAAACUGUACUCGCUCAGGACCAGGGAGUACAGCUUGUUUGCACCAAUCAGCCGCCAGGAAGCAGAGCUGAUCCAGCAGCAGGCUCCGCCCUCCUACGGUCAGCUGAUCGCACAGGGCAUCAUCCCCCCGGUGGAGGACUUCCCCACUGAAAACCCAAAUGAGGCCUCGUCUCUCUCUCUGAGGGGAAUCCUGCAGCUCCUCCGUCAGGACGCAGCCAACUCCCCACACCGCAGGCGCCGGCCCCGGUUCGUCCGCAGGGCCGUCCGUCGCAUGAGGAGGUGGGGCUUAAUCCCCCGACCUCCAUCCAGGCCGAGUCAGACGACGAGCUCCGCCCAGCAGCAGUCGGACGGCGCUCCUUCCGCACAGGAACUGGCUCACUCCACCCCCACCAACUCCUCGUUGGCCGUGGAGGCGCUCAACCAGCCGGUUCCGCAGAAACUCGGAUUAAUUGCUCAGUCGGAGCAGCAGCAGCAGCAGCAGCAGCUGCAAGAAGCGUCGCCUCCUCUGCCUCCAGCAUCGCCACCUCCACCUCCGUACGCUCCCCCGGCUCCCAGCCCGGUCACCCCCAACACACCCCCGGUCGCCGUCCCCCCGAGCAGCCCUUCUCUGGCCUCCAUCUUCCACACACUGGGACUCAGCAUCUCCCUCUUCAGAGCCUCGCCCUCCUCCUCCUCUGCCAACUCCAUGCUCCUCUCCGCCUCCCCUUCUUUCUCCUCCUCCACUUCAGAUGACGAGGUCCUUCUCAUCCCGCUGACAGAAGACACCACUUCAGAGGACGACGUGCCCAUGCUCACCUGAAGGACUCCUCCACCCACCUCCCCUCCUUUUUAUCUCCUUUUACUCACAAACUGAAGCCCAGUCUUUCCCCGUUUGUUUGAACUGAAGCACAGGAGGGGGGGGGGACACUCAGCCGCACUGUGCAAGUCUGGUGCCUUUUAAUGAAAUUGCUUUGAGAUGGAUUUGAUGACUUAUGGAAUCAAGUAUUAGAUCGUUUUAUUUGACCUCCUUGAGAAACGAGGAAAAGCAUGGCUGACGUGUGUCUGAGUGUGUUGGAUGUGCACUUUGAAGGUGAACUUUUGCACAGAAAAAAAUCUUCCCUAUCAAGAAUUCUGACCGUGGGAUUGAAUGGUUAGUUAAUUUGCCUCCCAAAGUGAGACAUCCCACUCGUGCUACUCUGAGGUUGCAGAAGUAACUUAAAGUUUUUAAAUGACGGAGAAUAAUUAUGUUUGUAUGGCUGCAGCUGUGUGAAUGCAUUAGUCCUACGUUGACAGUGGAGUAUGUGUUCGUAGAUGUGGAUUGUCUCCGCAUACUUCUGCCACUUGCAUCCCGUCUCCUGUUGUAUAUCAAAGAAAAUUCCCCCCCCAAAAACGUCCCCCUAUUUAAGUGCCUUUUUGACGAGUUCCCCGUAUGUGAUUCCUGAAAUACACACCGCACACCGAAACACACGGAGGCACAUGUUCUCUCACACCACAGCACGCAUCGACACAUCUCUGGCUUUAUUAUAAUGUGAAGAAAAAAAAUUGCAUGUUGUCUGCAAGCUGGCAAUAACCGUUUGGGACCCCUUAUCUUAGUGAGCAUUAGAGCGAGUCUACACACACCUGUGUAUCCAUCCCAAGUGAAUGUAUGUAGACGAUAGCAACAUGUGUCAAAAGACAAUCUCUUCGGUGCCUGAUUUUAGGAAGUGUGUGUGUGUGUGUUGUGUACGUGAAAAGGAGCCCUACGGAUGAAAGGGGCCCUAAAUUCACGUAAACUCAACCUUCAUCCCUCGAGGGGAAAACCAUCACAUUCUGUUACAUUUUCACUCAACAGAUUUGUGGUGCGCCAUUUGUAUUAUUGUACAUUUUACGGUGUUUUUAGUCCCUUUUUAAGUUCUGUUCUGCUUUGUUGAAUGUAUCGGGGUCGAUGUGGAGUAUCCGGAUGUUUUAAAUUUGCAAUGUAAUGAGGUAAAUGAGAGAGAAAGUGAUUUUAUGGUUUAUUAGGGUCAACUUCACUGUAUAUAAGUAAAACUGUGGCUGAGAUUAAACAAUUUGCACUUUUA